GUAUGAUAUAUGCCUUAGAAGUGUGUAUUAUUCGCUACCUGCAAUGUGGUUUUUCUGUGAAAAACAUAUUAUUCUCAAGCAGUAUUCUCUUUUCGAUUCCGAAGUUGAAAUCAGUAUCAGUACCCUUUUUUCCUUCUUCUUAAAAAAGUCCUGGUUAAUCGGAUGUAUGAUGUUUAUCUCCGAUUCGUUGAAUCCGAUCCCGUCGCUUCGCGAGCGUAAGACGUGCAGGUAGAUUUGAUAAGUCGACAUCAUGUAGGAUUUUAGCCUACACGUUCUGAUGUAUCUUCCAUGCCCAUGUAAGAAGGAAUCAUAUAAUUACCUAGGUAUUAGGUAUGCCCUAUAAUAAACCCGAUGAGGUUAGCUUUGGCCGUCUACGUCAUAAUUGAUUAAUCGGUGGCAUAAAUAAUCUUCAAUGCUGAAAACCAACUCCAAGUUAAAAAUGACAACUAAGUACCGAGCGAUCUGAGCCUCAUUCCUGAGUCCUUUUUAGAUAAUAAUAUUAUGUUACCGGCUAUUCGAUAUCCAUUCUGAUAGCAUUAGUAUCAUUCGUUUAUCGUGCAGAACUAGACCAGCAACCCGGCGUAUAGCACUAGAAUAUGGGAUUGAAAGAAGAUCUAGAGUCGAACCCUCCCUGCCAUCCUCGCGCUUGUGCUAUUCAAGAUUGCCUGGCGAAGAAUGGCUAUGAUGAAGCAAAAUGCUCUCGCUAUAUCGAUGCCCUAUACGAAUGUUGCGAUGCUUUCUAUCGACAACAUGGCGACGAGGCAACAAGUGCUUGCUGCCCAAAAGCAAGCCUUCUACGAUUGAAGAUGAAGCAGCGUCGAGAUGAACAGAGCAAGUGAAAGAAAGCUACGGUUUAAACAGACACGUGUAUCAAACAUGAUAAUCUAUCUAGAAUAAUCUCCUUUCUGAUAAUUGCACUCAUUAUUGCUGCGAGAAAUAGAUACCUGGCAUUCAUUACAUACCGGUACGGAGACGAGGGUAGUAUGUUCUACAUCUCCUUCUUUUGCGUCAACCCGAAUAAAGAGGUCAGGCGACAUUUACGAAGAGUAGAAAUCGUUCUAGGCGAUCAUUGAGCGCGCGAGAGAUCCGCAUGGGACCUGGACAAGCAUUGAAGGAAAUAAUGGCUUAUCCCGAGACUCUAAUAUGAAUGCCGAUGACAUUGAUGAAGAAAAAAG